AUGACGGUACUAAUGCAGAACAAGACCAAGACCGAGUGGACGUUCCGAGGCAACGGCGGGCUCGUGGCGGCGUCGGCGAUCACAGUCCGCGGUGUCCUCAGCCGCGUGAUGGAGAGCCUCGACGGGGACGACGGCAGAGUCGUCGUCCCGCUCGGCCAGGGGGACCCCUCGACGUUCCUGUGCUUCCGGAUGGCACGCAUUGCGGAGGACGCCGUCGUCGAUGCAGUCCGCUCGGCUGAGUUCAACUGCUACACCCCCACCGUCGGUUUAAAAAUUUCAAUAGGGGAUAUUGCCGAUCAUCUCUCGCAUGACCACCCUCACAAACUAUCACCGGACGAUGUCUACUUGACGAUAGGAGGCACGCAGGCCAUCGAAGUCGUAGUGACGGCUGUCGCCCGCCCCGGAGCCAACAUUUUUCUUUCGAGGCCCGGAUACCCGUGCUAUGUCGCGCGCGCGGCGCUCUGUGGCCUCAAGGUGAGGUACUUCGACCUCCUCCCCAACGAGGGCUGGGAGGUCGAUCUCGAGCGCGUGGAGGAUGUUGCGGACGCGAACACCAUCGCAAUGGUGAUCAUCAAUCUUGGGAAUCUGUGUGGAAUCGUCUUCAACUACCAGCAUCUGAAGGAGAUCACCGAAACGGCUAGGAAGCUUGGAAUUAUGGUGAUUGCGGAUGAAGUCUACAAUCAUCUAGCUUUCGGGGAUAUGCCAUUCGUGCCCAUGGGUGUUUUUGCAUCGAUCGCGCCCGUCUUGACGGAGGGUUCCCUAUCGAAGAGGUGGAUAGUCCUCGGCUGGCGACUCGGUUGGGUAGCGACGAUCGAUCCGAACGGCUUUCUGAAAGAUGCCGGGGUUGUCGAGUCUAUUGUAGGGUUUCUGAAUGUAUCCCCCGAUCCCGCAACCUUUGUUCAAGCGGCGAUCCCUCGGAUACUCGAGAAAACGGAUGAGGAAUUCUUCUCGAAAGUUCUUCGCACGCUAAGAGAGGCGGUGGACAUAUGUCACGACAAGAUCCGAGAGGUGCCUUGCCUCGCGUGCCCAAAAAGGCCCGAAGGGCCCAUGUUUGCUAUGGUCAAGUUGAAUUCAUCGCUGUUGGAGGACGUAGAGGACGAUCUGGAUUUCUCCGUCAAGCUGGCUAGGGAAGAAUCCGUCGUCGUCCUGCCAGGGAUAGCUUUGGGAACGAAGAGUUGGCUGCGCAUAACCUUCGCCGACGAGCCAUCUUCUCUCGAAGACGGCCACCAGAGGAUGAAAGCUUUCUGUCAGAGGCAAGUCAAGAAACGACACACGGGAUCUACAUGUUCCUCGGAGCGGGGCUGCAAUCUGUAA